AUGCAAACCGACCAAGAGCAAGGAAGAAAAAAUAAGGUUGGUCUAAGGGACCGGCUCAAACACUUCACAUGGGCGUGGUUCACUACGACAAUGAGCACUGGUGGACUAGCACUUGCAUUGGGAGAGACACCGCACAAAUUUGAAGGACUGCACACCAUUGGUGUCAUCGUCUUCUUGUUCAAUAUCAUCCUCUUCCUCCUAUUCUGCGCUCUCAUGACCUCCCGAUUAAUCAUCGAUCCGCCGCGAUUCAAACACUCCUUUGUAAAUCCCUCGGAAAGCUUUUUCUUUCCCUCUUUUAUUCUCAGCCUCGCCGUCAUCCUAGGAGGCAUCCAAAUCUACGGCGUAACUAUAGGGCCAGAGGGAACCUGGCUCAUCACCGCAAUCCGUAUCGUAUACUGGAUCUAUGCUAGCUUCUCUCUCAUCAACGUCAUCUCCCAAUACUGGAUCUUCAUUUGUCGGACACCAGCUCGACCCCUCCCAAUGAAUCCUUCCUGGUUUCUCCCUGGAUACUCCACGAUGCUUACGGGUACGAUUGCCAGCAUGAUUGCAGGAAGCCAACCUCCAGAACACAGGGUACCUAUAAUCAUUUCCGGUUGCGCAUACCAGGGGUUUGGGUGGCUAAUCUCAUUCGCUCUCAUUGUCAUGUACCUGACCCGACUUAUGGAAUCCGGACUUCCGACCCCAAGUCUCAGACCAGGUAUGUUUAUCCCAAUCGGCGCACCCAGCUACACAAUCAUCGCCCUCAUCGGCCAAGCCAGAGCCAUACCACGAUCUUACGGUUACUUCUUAACCCAUGCCUCCGCUGCAGAUAUCUGCCAAACCGUUGCCCUCUUUGCCAGCAUUUUUCUCUGGAUCCUGAGCUUUUGGCUCCUUUGCAUCGCGCUACUGGCUUGUCUAGAGCGUGUGAGGGAGAUGGGAUUUGCACUCUCUUGGUGGGCGUUUAUUUUUCCGAAUGUGGGAUUUAUAGUGGGAACGGUUGAGAUUGGGAAGGAGUUGAAUAGUGAGGGGAUUUUGUGGGUUGGGAGUGCGAUGACUAUUUGUUUGGUGAUGAUUUGGUUGAUGUGUAUUUUUGCGUGUGUGAGGGCGGUUACGAGGGGGAGGAUUAUGUGGCCGGGGAGGGACGAGGAUAAAGAUAUGUGA